AUGAAGAAUAGGUACCAGCCGCACGCGGGCAACCUCGUCUAUAAAUAUGAGCAACACUUCUCUCGCUUAGAUUUUCUUCUCGACUGCUGCAGCAAAGCUGCAUCCCGCCGAAACACCGAAGAUCUCCGUAACACUGAAACAAACUUCACAAUGGCACGCCUUUUCACCGUUGCGCUCUUCAUGGCCAUGCUUACGCACGUUGCGCUAUCAUGCUCUUGCUUCGAGCAGACGUUUGAGGAGCGCUUUUGCGGUAGCACUCUCUCUAUUCGAGCAAAAGUUCUUGCAAAAUUUGAUAACUGCCCUGGGACAUGCGAUUCCUUAGAGGACCAAAUCGAUGGAAAGAUCUUCUUCAUUGUCAAGGUGCUUGAAACGUUCAAGGGCCCAAGUGUUGAGGACAAUGUACUCUUCUUGGAUACAGCGGUCAAUGGUGGCCUUUGCGGUGUCAACCUCUCUAUUGGUAGCGAGUAUCUGUUGAACCUCAUCGGCGAAGAGAUGUCUAACGAUGGAACGUGCCCGAAGAAAUCCAGACCCAUCGGACUUUGCGACUUCCCAACGUUAUGGAGUAAUGUCUCUCAAGAAGAGAAAGAUUUCCUCGAUACACCGACAUGCUGAUAAUUCUGUAGAGAUACAAAUCCUGACUACAUGAUGCCGUUGUGCCACAGUUAGAUAUAGACUGUCGUCUUCAGUAGUUAUUAGAGAACUACGUCACUCACAAAGCGCUUACGGGAUUUGCUAUAAUAAAUAGGCAUCAAGUUCAUCU